UUUUCUCUCCGCUUCGGUAAUAAAGCAGCAAAUUUAUUCAUCUUAAAUCCCCAACUAACUGUUUAGGAAACCAGAAAAUAACCAUUCAAUAGUUCCUUCGGUGCAUUUGGUAUAAAUAAAACAGGAAAGCUGGAGAAACUAGAGCAAUUUACGAAACUUUCAAAAAUGGACCGGAAAGCGGAAUUGGAGCGGAAAAAGGCCAAACUGCAGGCCCUCCGCGAAGAAAAAGACCGACGUCGAAAGGAAAAGGAAACGAAGGAUCUCGAAGAGGCGGCCGGAAAGUUGGGUCAUCCAGAAAGUAACACGAGAAAGGAUCUGGAUGAGAUGCUUUCGUCGCUGGGCGUGGCUCCCGUUUCGGAAGUGCUGUCAUCGUUGUCUUCGGUAAACUCGGCCACAUCUGACCAGUCGGCGAACCAUACCCCAGAUGCCAGCCUGCAGCCAAGUGUAAAUGGGCAAAACAGCCGCAAGAAACCGAUCAACCUGAGUCUUGUAUCAGUUCAGGCAACGAACAUUCCACCCAAGGAGACCGUAGUGUACUCGAAACAAACGCAAACCACUAGCACCGGUGGCCACGAGCGCGAUGUUUUUUCUUGCCAUUCCUCACCUCUGUCAGGAUAUAUGGAGGAUUGGUGGAGACCACGUAAAGCUCAUGCCACGGAUUAUUACGAUGAAUACAAUCUAAACCCCGGUUUAGAGUGGGAGGAUGAGUUUACAGGUGACGAUGAGGAAAACUCCCUGACUCAUAUCGAUCAUGGCUUCCACUCGAAACUACCACCGGGUAUUCUUCCGCACGGGCUGCCAACGGUUAAGGAAGUGGCACCAGCCAUCACACCACAAGAACAAAAGAAGGAAGAGAUUAAAGAAGUUAAAGAGUUGUCUGCUGAGCAAAAGCAGAUGAUAAUACUAUCAGAAGAUUUCCAACGGUUCAUUCUAAGAACGGGAAAAAUUAUGGAGCGUGCUCUAUCGGAACAAGUGGAUAUUUACAUGGAUUAUAUCGGCGGAGGCGAUACUGACGAUAUCAAUGAUGAACGGUCGCUGGCACGAUUGUCUCUCAACCGAACAUUCUACUGUGAUCGGUGGUCGAAAAAUCGUUGUGUCACUUCAUUCGAUUGGUCCACCCACUUCCCAGAACUGAUGGUUGCUUCCUAUCACAAUAACGAAGAAUCGCCUAACGAACCUGAUGGCGUUGUAAUUGUAUGGAACACAAAAUACAAGAAGCACACUCCUGAAGACGUGUUCCACUGUCAGAGCGCUGUCAUGUCGACCUGCUUCGCAAAGUUUCAUCCAAACUUGAUACUGGGUGGAACUUACUCAGGUCAGAUCGUACUCUGGGAUAAUCGAGUGCAGAAGAGAACACCGAUUCAACGGACCCCGCUCAGUACCAAUGCACACACGCAACCGGUGUACUGCCUUUCCAUGGUUGGAACCCAAAACGCCCACAACGUUAUCUCCAUCAGCUCGGACGGUAAGCUAUGCUCGUGGAGUUUGGAUAUGCUUUCGCAGCCACAGGACGUUCUCGAGUUGCAACAGCGGCAAUCGAAGGCGAUUUCUGUAACCUGCAUGGCGUUCCCGCACAAUGAAGUCAACAAUUUCGUUCUGGGUAGUGAAGAUGGUUAUGUUUACUCGGCAUGUCGUCAUGGUAAUCGUUCCGGAAUUGGCGAAACGUAUGAAAAACAUCUGGGACCGGUGACGGGUAUCUCCGCGCAUCAUAAUCAAUCAUCACCGGACUUUGGGCAUCUGUUCCUUACAUCUUCCAUUGAUUGGACCAUAAAACUGUGGAGUCUGAAAGAUAAUAAGCCACUUUACUCGUUUGAGGACAAUUCAGAUUACGUGAUGGAUGUAGCUUGGUCCCCUAUCCACCCAGCGCUGUUUGCUGGAGUUGAUGGAAGUGGUCGAUUAGAUUUGUGGAAUCUCAAUCAAGAUACAGAGGUACCAACGGCAUCGGUAGUAGUGGACGGUCAACCAGCGUUAAACCGAGUAUCCUGGACACCUUCAGGUUUGCAUGUGACAGUCGGUGAUGAAGCUGGUCGCAUUUACGUCUACGAUGUGGCAGAUAACCUGGCAAGUCCGCGUAUGGACGAAUGGAACAAACUGAAUUCGGUGCUGUACGAAUUGAAAAUGAAUCAGAAUGAUGAAUUCGAAGACAUCGACAAAAAGUCACCCAUUCCGCAGACCCCAUCACUAACCUCGCUAACUUCUUCCCCGCUUAUAUGAAAUUCAAUUAGGCCCUAUUGAGCAUUCGAUAGGGACUGAAAAACAAUCUAAACAUUGUGUAGGUAAAAGCUAUGUGGUCGAGAUGUGAAUAUUCAUUAUGUGGGAAAAGCGCUAGUGGAAAAUAAAGUAUGAAGAAGUAAGUCUGACUAUCUGUGGUUUUGUAAAGGGACUCAACAUUGCAGGAUAUUCGAAAAAGGCUCAAGACUACACUACUGGAACACGACGCUCUGCAAACAUUUCAUGUAGGGGCACUAUGUCGUUUGAUAACUGUAAUAUCGCCACACUUUACCUAGCGGCGUUUGCACUAACCAUCAAUAUAGGCAACUGGUAUGAUAGCUCAGUCUAACUAAUAUUAUAUGCAAGACACAACAGUAAUAUUUAUUAUUCAACGUUGGCUUUACCAUGAAAUACAUUUAUCUAUCUAAAAAAGUAA